GUCGAAAGCUGUUCUCCCAGUGAUGAGGCAUCGCUCCGGACAACAAGAAUGUCCAUCCAUAGCCCCUAUUUGGUAGGUCUCAGAUCACGAAAGAUGUACGGCAUAGAGGGCAUACAGAGGAUAUAAGACAUCGGUCGAGGCCUCAGAGACCACUAUCCCAUCCGUCCCAUCCUAUCUCAUCUCAUCUCAUCCAACCAGCCAGCCAUGUCCAAGGGCGUCGUCCUCAUCACCGGUAUUACAGGGUACGUUGCGACCCAUACCGCCCUUGCCUUCUUCGAGGCCGGCUACACCGUCAAGGGCACGGUGCGUUCAGCUGAGAAGGCCGACUUCUGGAUAUCCGCCUUCCCGCAGCACAAAGAUGCCUUCCAGUACGCGAUCGUCGAGGACAUGACCCUGCCGGGUGCCUACGACGAGGCGAUCAAGGGCGUCGACAUCGUCGCACACAUCGCCUCGCCCACGCACUGGAACCCCAAGGACAACGAGAAGGACAUCCUCCUGCCGGCGAUCAACGGCACGAAGAACAUCCUCAGCGCGACGAAGCUCGAGCCGCGCAUCAAGCGCGUCGUGUUCACCUCGUCCUUCGCCGCCGUCUCCGACGCGCGCAAGGAGGUCAGCCCCGACAAGGUCUUCACGCCCGCGGACUUCAACGACAUCACGUAUGAGGAGGGCAAGACCGCGACUGAGCACCGCUGGACGUACCAGGCGUCCAAGGCGCUCGCCGAGAAGACGUUCUGGAACUUCAUCAAGGAGGAGAAGCCCUCCUGGGCGGGCUCCGUCGUUGCACCCAUCGGCACCUACGGUCCGCCCCUCCAGCCCGUCAAGUCCCUGAAGGACAUCAACAUGUCCUGCCAGUUCUUCCUUGGCCUCGCCAACGGCACGUUCAAGAACGGCGUCCCCGCAAUAGGGUUCCCCUUCUUCGUUGACGUCCGUGACGUCGCCCUCGCGCACCUCCGCGCCGUCGAGCUCGACGUCGCCAAGGGCCAGCGCUACCUCCUUGUCGGCGGUCCCUACAAACCCGAGCAAAUCGUCGACGUCGUCGUGCGCAACUUCCCCUUCCUCAAGGAGAAGCUCCCCGAGGUCGACAUCACCAAGGUCGACCUCGAGUCGACGCCGUUCAAGAUCGACACGUCCAAGACGACGGGCGAGCUCGGCAUCACGUUCACGCCCUUCGAGAAGAUGAUCGUCGACACCAUGAACCGCCUGCUCUUCCUCGCGAAGCAGUUCGGUGCCAUCCCUUGAAGUGCCUAGCCUUAGCGUGUUGUAGGGCGUGUAGAAAAUUUGACGUGUAUCAUGUAUCAUUACGGAUCGAUGACUGCUUUCACGGAUUUAAUGGAUACCAUUUGCAUAGA